UGUCUGUCCACCAUCAGCAGCAACUGAGUUUACUCUUAGUAGUAGCACUGCUGUUCCCGGUGCAUUUUCCCAGAAGAAAUGGCUGAUUUUGCAGACGAUACUGGAGCUCGAGCAUUGCUGGCUCUAAAAUCUGCCCCGUGUAGCCCGGUCAGAGUGGCAGCUGCACCCAUGUACACUCUGUCCUCGAAUUCGGCAUCCAUGGCGCUCUCCUCAGCGCCCCAGGCCCUUGCGCGUUUGGAAGGCAGGGAUUUCGAGUUCGUCAUGCGCCACAGGAUUGUGACCGUGGGUCGGAAUUCAUCGCACGGGUCUGUAGAUGUCAACAUGGGCCAUUCAAGUUUCAUAUCUCGGCGACAUUUUCAGAUAACUUUUGAAGAGCCGUUUUUUUACCUACGGUGCCUAGGGAAGAAUGGUGUGUUCGUAGACGGUGUAUUCCAGAGGAGAGGCGCUCCCCUUUUUCAACUACCGAGAGAGUGUACCUUCCGGUUUCCCAGCACGGUCAUUAAGAUCCACUUCACCGCACUCUACCGCAAGGAGGUGCCGAAGGAGGAGGCCCCACUGUCUCCGGUGAGGCCGUUCUAUCCCUCCACCUCCCCGCUGAAAAUCCACAUUCCCGACAACGACCUGCGGAACAUGAUGAGCCCUCUGCCCUCUCCAACUGGAACCAUUAGCGUUCCCAACUCCUGCCCAGCGAGUCCACGGGGAGCGGGGUCCUCGGGGUACAGAUUUGGACACAGCGUCACCUCUGACCUGCAGCUGGCGGCGGAGUUCGCGGCCAAGGCGGUGUCUGAGCAGCGGGCGGAUGCUUCUGGAGAUGACAGCCCAAAGGACGAAUCCAAGCCCCCCUACUCCUACGCCCAGCUCAUUGUCCAGGCCAUCUCCUCCGCCCUGGACAGACAGCUCACGCUUAGCGGCAUCUAUGCCCACAUCACCAAGAACUACCCCUACUACAGGACUGCAGACAAGGGCUGGCAGAACUCCAUCCGGCACAACCUGUCCCUGAACCGCUACUUCAUCAAAGUGCCGCGGUCUCAGGAGGAGCCGGGCAAGGGCUCCUUCUGGAGGGUGGACCCCUCGUCGGAAGCCAAGCUGGUGGAGCAGGCCUUCCGGAAACGCAGACAGAGGGGCGCGUCCUGCUUCCGCACCCCCUUCGGCCCCCUCUCCUCCAGGAGUGCCCCAGCGUCGCCCACCCAUUCGAGCGGCCUGCAGACCCCAGACUGCCUGUCCAGGGAGGGCUCCCCCGUGUCCCACGAGCAGGACCUGGGCUCCAAGCUGGCCUCCGUGCCGGAGUACCGCUACACACAGAGCGCGCCAGGCUCCCCGGUCAGCAGCCAGCCGGUCAUCAUGACCGUGCCGCCGCAGCCCGCCAUCCCCGGGGGAGGGGCCAAACCCCUGGCCUACCUACCGGCCUCCCUCAUCGCCUCCCAGCAGCCCCAGGGCCACGCCCUCCACAUGGUCCAGCAGGCGCCCACCGUCACCAUGGUGAGAGUGAUGACCACCUGCGCCAGCUCCCCCAACGGGUACAUCCUGGCCAACGCCAACCUGUCGGGGAACCAGCAGGUGGCAGCAGAGAACUCCGGUGGGCAAAGAGGUUCCGGAGAGGAGAAGAUGGCGGUGAGCUUCGCGACGCUCCCCACGGCGAGCCGUGUGAUCCAAGCGGUGGGCACCCCGAUCGGCGGGAUCGGCGGCGGACAUCAGGCCUUCACCGUCCUGCAGCAGACGCCCGUCUCCGCGGGUCAGCACCAGCUCCCCGUCCGGCCCGUCACCCAGAACGGCAAGCACGCCCUCCCUGUGGCCAGCAUCUCCACCAGCGCCUACGCUAUCACCAAUCCACUUCAGCUGCUGGCAGCCCAGGCCUCCAGCUCUCCGCCCGUGGUGGUGAACCGGCCGGCCAGUACGGAGGCUGAGGAGCCAGGCUCAACAGCAGGCGAGCCUGAGGCCAAGAGGCCUAAGGUGGAAGACGGUGAAACGGCUCCAGUCCCUCAGCCGGUUAUUGUAGCCAUGAACCAGGACGCCAGUGAAUAAAGUUGCAAGUUGAAAACAGGAUUCAGUGAAGAAGGUUCUUACGUGUUCCUCAGUUUAUAAACCCGAUGUGCCAAACAAAUAAGGGGGGAGGGUCUCUUAUUGUGAGCUUACAGGGGAGUCAACAGAGCAAUCCAGCUGUUCAAAUAGAGACAAUUGAUUGUAUAAUUUAACCUGGGGUUAUUUUUGUUACCUUGUGUUUGAGCCACGGUUUUUCACUUUGUUUAAAGGCGUUGUCCAUUAAGCCUUAAAACAACAGGUGUACUGCUGUCUGAUUUGCGGGGGGAAGGCUAGCUGGUAGCUGGAAAUGCUAAUGGUUCCUCACAACAGAGAGAGAGGAGAGCCUACCCACAAAAGUCAUCAAAAAUAAGAGCAUUAAUAUUGUAUACAAUAGGUACCCUCAAAGUAGUUCUUCGGUAAGUUUCAGUAACCAGGUUACGGUGGGACCAAAGUCUAUGUCGCUAUCUCUAUCUGACAUGAGGUAGUCUCACUAAUGAAAUUAUUGUUGAGAGUCUGGGGGGGCCCUGUACUUUGAGGGGGUGUCAACUUCUUAUACAAGUUAUUGUGAACAGGGAUUUAUUCAACUUUUUCUAUUUUAUGUUAGCUUUCAGUUGUGAUACCUGCUAUUUUUUAAAAUAAAGAAUGUUACAGAUAAAAGCAAGAAAUGAAUGACAAAAAAAAAUUCCACUGGGAUGGAAGUUUAUUUUUUCACCUAGUGUCCGAUUUAAUGUGUUUAUACAAAAUAUUUUUCUAUUAUCGUAGUACUUUGGUUAAAAAAAUAGAAAUACUCAUCUCAAAAUUGUCACCGUUUGUGACUUGUUUACCUUGUAGCGCAAUAUCAAAAUCACUUAACGAAUGUACUUUUAAUCUGUUUUUUAAUGGUUCACAGCCCCUGCGUAUACCGCUCUUCUUUAUUAAGUAUGCUAGGUACAGCUGACUUGUUUAAUAAUUACCGAAAGUGAAAUCACUUGCAGUAAGUACAAAAAAAUUUUAAAACGAAAAAAAUAUUGACGGCUAAAAGGUAGUUUUCAGUUUAAGCAGAAUCCACAGCCAGAUGCAUGUUUCACAGAAGGAAAUGGCAGUUUGCCAUACAAUACGCAGGUUGACCUCUGAAAUAACCUUACUGUAUGUCUUUUCAUUUCAGUUUGCGGUAAAAUUUACUACACCUGUACUGGCUAAAGGCCAUUACUUCCUAUGCUCUGUUACUGUCUGCGUACAUUUUACAUUGAUUUGAUAAAGGAUAUGCACGAACCUACCAUAUGAAAUUUGAAUGGGAAUUACCUUUCCGCUAACCGAAGGGGCUAUCGUUAUUUGGAAUAGUGUGAAAAUGGUUUCUUGGCAUAAAAAACAUAGGUGCCACAUUUAAUCUAAUUUAAUUUAAUAAAUAAACAGAGGAAGGCAAGUUAUUAUUGAACAUUUUGCCAGAAAGUUGUAAGGUCUCCUUUAUAUUCAGUUUUUUUAUAUAUAUAUAUGUUGUUUUUUGUUUUUUUUACCUCACUCUUUCUGAAGUGCUGAUCAAGGAAAUAGCCAAAAGAUUUGAGUGAAACCUUUUGAAAAAUCUGGGAUUUCCAAGAAGGAAAAGCAUUGAUCCCAAAUCAACACCUCACUUUUAUAAAAAUAAAAAAAAAUUAAAAAGCAAACAAAAAGACAAAAAAUUAUUUAAAAAAUAUUUUGUGUUUUAUUGUAUUUUAUUUUUGCCAAAUCCCUCAUUUUAGAUAGCCAUUAGGCAAGAAGUUGUUUUUUUUUUUUUAAACUACGAGUGUCAGGGAACAUCACAGGAAACUGACGCACUGUGAUAACAGUGCAGGGUAAGCAAGGCACAUUUACAAGAGUCCUCAAAAAGUUCCUAAGAGCUUUGAUUUUUUAAAAAUGUUAACAUGUUUUAGAAAACGUGCGUAGUACUUACAUGGAUUAAGCAAGAAUUCCAAAGCAUGGCCUGUAAAACUAGAAUCUAGCCCACUGCUAAUUGUUAACACCUUUAGUGCUUCAUAGAAGUAAACAUAAAUUUAAAAUUGAAAAAUUUGUUAUUUCCUGUAGAUAAUUUAAAGACACCAAAAGUCAUGUAGGGACACUACUUCGUAAUUUAGUUAACAAGUGUGCGGUUUGUUGAUGGUGAGGAUUUCAUCAUUUAGAGUAAAACUGCCACGAACUAGAGACGGAAUGGAAGUUGCUUCAAGGGAAAUGAGCAGAAAGAACUUUUCACAUUUGGGUUUUCAAAUUAAAUUGUAAUUUUCAAUUUUGCAUGUGAAUACUUGACCACCUACUUCUGUCAUGACAUGUCAUUUUGGAAAAUAGUUCUCAGUGAAGCAAAUGACAGUUUCCCAAACAUAAGAAAGUUACAAAAUUGUGGCUCAAGCACUCUUUUUUUUUUUUUACAUUGCCUCUCAAAUUUUCAGGUAAAAAUAAAUGUUCAGACCAGGAAAUACUUGCUUCUAAUAAAGAAUGUCUAUGACCAAGGCAGUAUUGUUUUACAGUAAUAAGUCCUUGUAGGAUUACCAUCUUUUCAAACAGCUAUUGUUAUAGAUGUCAGUAGAUUAAACUGAAGGACUACCUUUAUUUUUUCCAUCCUUAGGAUAGAGUAGUCUCCGAAGUCUUACAUUGAAACACUAAUCUAUGGAGUUAAACAAAAAAAAAAAAAGCAUAGCUAUUUAUACUGUUCGUAAUGGUUGUAAUAUAUGUUGCAUAAAUGGCUAAAUAUUAAUACAUUUGAUAAAAAUAAGUUGCCCUCAUCCUAAAAGUAACUUUUUCACUUCUUAGGCUUUGUUACUGUAUGCUCAGCAAGUGUCAAAGGUGUAUUACUCUAUGGCUGCACUUUGAAUGGAAACCUCAAGGAUGUAGCCUCAGAAUGACAACACUUAUCCUUAUAUUGGAUAAAAUCAGCGUUUAAGAUGGUAAUGCUGGCGGGGCAGUGUCGUUAAUUAAUUUCACCUGUUCAUUUGUUAAAGGGGUAAUUCCACUGUUGGGGAUUUUUGCUAUUAUUUCUCAUUUAGUAUGAGUUUUUUUCCUUUCAGCCCGGAAGCAUUUUGUGUGUAAUGAAGGAUAUAUGAGAUCACUAAGGGAAGUUUCUGUUGAGCUAUGCAGGCUUUACAAUGGAGUUUGUGGUCUAAAGCAAAAAUAAUUCACUUAGUCCAGAGCAGUUUGUGCUGUGCAGCUACAACGCAGUAUGCAGUACUGAAUAUUUAAAAACCCAGAAAGCAAAUUAUCUCCCGGAAAAUGAACUCGUCUUUAAUAUUUUCACCUUUAAUAAUAAAGGCUGCCUUAACACUUUUCUGGAUGGGGCAGAAUAAUUGGCUCCCGUCCAUCAAAUGACUUUCGCCAUUCAAACGUGAGGCAGAGCCACUGGUUGUGGCACAGUGUUGUCCUCGUUCAUUAAAAAUAGCCUUCACACUAUUUCAGCGAGCUGCUUGUUCCAUUCAGUCAGGAAACGUCAGUCCCUGUCUCUGUGUAGUUAUGUAAGGUCUGUGGUUGCACUUCUUACCUCAUUGUGCAAAUUUGUCUGAUAGGGUAGGAGGAAUGUUGAAGUAACCAUUGCCAAAGCAAAAACCAUUUUAUAUUUAUGCUUAAUUCUGAAUUGAGUAUGAAACCACUUGAUUUAACCUCUCAACUGACUCAAUCCCAUGGUUUGUUUAAAUCUGAGUAAUCUCAAAUUCAGUACUAUUUGUAAAUGAGCUCUCCCUAACCCUGCACCCCCCCCCCCCCCCCCACCAGUGCCCUUAAUUGUAGUAUUGAUCCAUCAGUUCCCAGCUGUAUUUUACAUAGACCAUAUCAUUUUGUUAGCUUUUUUUAACCUUCAGAACAGAGGUCUAAUCAAUACCUUUUCCGUCUGUGUUCACUAUGUUAUAUCUUUUCUUGUGCUUUUCUCAGUUCAGUCACAUUGGGUUAAACUUUAGGCAACGGUGACCUCUGCAUGACUGAUACAGGUAAAAAUGUUAUAUCCGUUCUUUGAUCAAAAAUGCUCCAGCCUCUCAUGUACAAUUGAACGGAAACAUGGAAACUGCAUAUUGUGGCACUGAUUCACCAAUUAAUACUGUCUUUUAUCUCAGAUUUUACUCUCUGCAACUCUUCAUAUGUAAUGCAUACAAGAUAGAGUGGCUCUUUCAAAGUGAAAUCGAUGCUGGUUUAGUAUAACAAUUUUUUUUUUUUUUAACCACUGCUUUUCAGUUUAGAUCGAAAUAAAGUGUAUACUGUAAAAAUAUGCAAAAUUAACUAAGGAGGCCAAACUAGUUUUAUACGUCAGGAUGUGGACAAAAAUUUCAAAUGGAGCUUGGAGAAUAUUUUUAUAUUGGGUUGCGUGACCUUAUCCGCAGAUAAGGAUUUAUUGAUAAAUAAAUAUUAAUUGUGCAUACGAA